AUGUCUCUACAACUAGCAGACCGUUCUAUUAAAUUUCCAAUAGGUAUGCUAGAGAAUAUUCCCAUUCGUAUAGGUCAAUUCUACAUUCCCACCGACUUUGUAAUGAUGGAUAUAAACGAGGAUUCUCACAUCCCUAUUAAUUUAGGAAGACUCUUUUUAGCCAUAGCUAGAGCCAUCAUAAAUGUCAAGAAAGGAAAGCUAACUUUCAAAGUCAGGGAAGAAAAAGUUGAAUUUAGUUUAGCUCAAUUCUUACAGGCGCCAACUAUAGAAGAUUCAUGUUUUCUCUUAGACACCAUUGACAAAUGUGUGAAAGAAAUGGAGACGUAA